GGAGAGGGGGAGAGGGGGCUGGCUGGCUGGCCUCGCAGCUGGCCAGCUCCAGCCUGCCAGCCUCCUGAGACAUGCAAUCCAACAUCCAACUCUCCUCUCACACCGGGACGACGAGCAAGGCAGAGUGAAUGCCCGCCGCCCCAGUGAAUCUGAUCUUGGAUUCCCCAGACCGGCCGUGCUGACCUGACAAGCUUUCAUCGAACCAAGUCACUGCUGCCGCUGCCGCUGCCGCUGCCGCUGCUGCGGAUCCCCCUGCGUCGUUUCCGCCCGAGUCCUAGCCCCAGCGGGAGAUUCACAGCAGACCGUCAGCCAGAUCGACCGUUAGUGCUCGUCAGGGCUCCACAGGCCACAAACUUGGAAAGGCUCAUCUCCACCCUCCGCCCUCGCCCACCCGGUUUUUUUUUUUUUGAACGACUGGAGGCACUUCCCGAGGUCUUGUGGCGACCGUCGACUGCCUGCCGCCACGACAGCAAGCAACAGCAACUCGACCUCGACCAAGAUCCAUUCCGGCUUCGAGUCGUGAGGAACAGCUCCCCAUGGAUUUCACAGACACGAAACCAAUACAGAAUGUGGGCACCGACCUGAGUCUGCCAUCGCCUGCCGCCACCUCUGCGCCCGCGCCUGCGCCUUCUGCGCCCGCGCCCGUCAUCAAGCGGCGCUCCCCCAUUGCAUGCCGGAGAUGUCGUCGCAUGCGGAGUAAAUGCCUGCACGACAAAGCCAAACCACCAUGCACCGCCUGCCGCGAGGCCGGCCUUGGUGCCGCCGACUGCAUAUUCCCAGUCCGUGGCCAGCCCGAUAAUGACCGCGAAUACCGUCACCCGCGCAUGCGGGCCGACAAGAGCCAGAAGAGGGACUCGGCCAAGAUGCGCCGCGACAUCCUCGACGCCCCCGUCAUGCCCUCGCCUACGCCCCUAAAGAACAUCAAGGGCGUGGACGAGUGGGACUACCUCCCACCGCUGCCGGACACCAUCGAGGCCGUCAACCAGUUCACGCGCAAUUACUUCCAGCUAGGCUUCAUCCCCAAGCAAGCCUUCCCUGAGCGCCUGCGGACGGACUCGAGAUCCAUCAGCGUCUUCCUCUUGCUCAGUAUCCUGAGUAUCUCAGCCCGCUUCACCCCGUCUCUUGUGGAACGGCACGGCGGUGGCAUGAAGGCUGCCGAGACCUUUAUGGACAGGGCAACUGCGGUGGCACUGUCAGAGCUCUACCAAGUACCAAGCCUGGAGCGGUGCCAGGCCUUCUACCUGCUGAGCAUCGCCCAACAGGGCAGCGGGAUGAAGAACAAGAGCUACAUCAACAUGGGCAUCGCCAUGAGGAUGGCCGCUCUGAUGCGGCUUCAUCGGGAAGAAACGUACGCGCUUCAGAACCCUUCAAAGGAAAUGGUCAUCGCCGCUGAGUCCGCACGCCGCACGCUGUGGAUGCUUCACAGCCAAGACAACCUACAUUCUGGCCCCGAAUCACCUGUCUCUCUGGCAGCUGGCGAUAUCACAGCUCUCCUUCCAUGCAGCGAGGAGGACUUUGCCAAAGGUCAGGAGCCGCCUUCCCGAGCAGCACUGGAAGACACGCCUCCUGCCAUAGACAAUCCAAAAUUAAUAUCCGACCCAAGGCGGUCCCUCUUCGCAACCCUGAUUCAGACCCACUACUUCUGGGGCCGGGUUUCCCGCAGGGCUGUCAAGUAUGACAGAAGCUCCCGGCCGUGGGAAGACACGAGCGAGUACGCAGAGUUGGUUGCAAAACUUCACGAGUGGGAGAGUAACCUACCACACGAGCACAUGUGGAGUCCCGUCCUGCUCAAGGGCUACAAGGCUGGAGGUCAAGACUUGGCCUAUCUGAGCAUCACAAACUCGACGCGACUAUGCAACAUAGUUUUGAGGAAGGCAUAUCUGAGCGAGAUGAUCAACCUCGACCAAUCGGACGCACAACUGCAGACCUUCUGGUCCAACAUGUCCCUCGAGCUAUUCAAGAAUGUCAAGCUCCUCUAUGAGCAGAUCGAAACGCAAUUCAUGGAGAGAGUGGCUGAUGACAGCCUGGGCGCUCAGAUGGCUUUAUUCUGCGUUUUCAGCUGCGGCCACAUGGCUACGUACCUUUGCAAAUACCCAAACGUCUGUCCGGACCCCAUGAUCAGCCGAGAUGGGCCUAUCAUGCUCCAACGAGCGAUGCAGAUUCUCACGGAAGCAGCCCAGGUAUGGCCACUGGCUGCUCGAUGGCUUGAGAACCUGGAGAAGUUCUACCGUGACAACAAGGGUGCCAUACCUGGCAUAGAGGGAAGCAUGGACGACAGCGUGCGUGUCACCCAAAUUCUAGAAAACCGUGAUCCUGUACCCGAAGCUCUGCAAGCGGCACUCGCGCGACCCCCCUCAAGAAAUGGAACUGGGACGAGCCAAUCAGCCAGCCAGGAUGCCAGCAACCAGCAAGCCCGCAACGGCGAGGCCCCGUCCAGUGCCGUGAUGCAAGCACCACCCCAGGUCCCCACGCCGAUGAUGUACAUCGACCCGAGUAUGCGGAUGUCACAGGGCCAAGGGCAAAUGGCGCAGUCACAGGCCAUGGCCGGAAUGCAGCAGCAAACACUUGGGGACCGGCCUGCUACCGACGGCCUGGGACUUCUUCUCGAGGCCUUUGACUCCCACCACGGAGCGAGCAUGGCAGCAGCAGGCGCGGGCCAGCCCUACGACCCCAGCCUCGCUGCGAGCCAGGCCGGCUACUACGGACAGCCAGGCACGGCCAUGCCUGGCAACGAUGGAUACGAGAAUGAGCUGCAGUUCUACAUUGAUGGAGGAGCGCAGAGCGUGCACGGAUGGGUCGGGACAGGAGCAGGAAUGUAUGGAUACUGAUCAACUUUUCGGGGAUACUCAACACGCCGGGCUGGUAUACCAUUCUUAGAAGGCUUCGGAUGGCUUGUAGGCAGACUGUUUUCAAGAAAAGCAUCUGGGAAAAGGGUGACUCAGAGCGACACGGGCAUAUUAAUUGUUUGCAAAUCCCAUAUAAUUGGGUCGGUGGGGCAAUGAGUGAUUUGGGGCGGGGGGCAAACAUGCACGGAAAGAUAGCUUGAGCAAUCAGACAACGAUUACCAUUGGAAACCCCGUGCCUGCACUUUUGGGGCGCCCCGUCGCUGGGUGGCAGUGUGGCUACGGGCAUGCGAUGGGGGUGAGCACAAUCUUGCCCAUGACACAGGGCAUCGUGAUAGGGAUGGAUGAGCAUGAG